UUUAGCCGAGUAGGUCCAUCACUUCCCCUCUUUGCGCUUUCCUGUAUCGCCAAUAUUGACCAGUAUUUUAGCACACCGUAUAAGCAGAGAAGAGACCAUACAUACCAUCUGACUUUGCUCUUCUCUUUGCGAUCUCUUCAUUCUUUCAUUACUUUUGAUUUUUGCUAUUUCAAACCCAGAAAACAUGGCCGAGGUUGCAGGCCUACUUCUAUCCCCCUUCCUCCAACUAUUCUUUGAAAGAGUUGCUUCCCGUGAGUUCGUUGACUUCUUUCGAAUCCGAAAACUUGACGGAAGACUCUUGAAGAGGCUGGAGAUAGCAUUGCUGUCUGCGAAUGCGGUGCUCGAAGAUGCAGAGGAAAUGCAAUUUACAAAGCCUAUGGUGAAACUGUGGCUUGAUGAGCUGAAAGAUGCCGUCUAUGAUGCAGAAGAUAUCCUGGACGAGAUUCAUACCCAGUCUUGCGAUGCAAGUUGGAUGCUGAAUUUCAAACUACUUCAACUAAGGUACGAAAAACCAUCUCUACUUCUCUUAAUCCUUUUGUCAGAGAGAUAGAACCAAAGAUAAA